AUGUACAAUAAUGUACAGCCGUUGCUGCCUUUUGGAUAUGCCCUGAUGUGCCUGAAAUCUUGCGGCGUCGCCUCGAGCUUCCUGUUUACCGUAGAGCUGGCGCAGGAUGCGGCUUGUGCCAAAGUCAACGAGCAGUGCGGCGGCCAGUGGUACUACGGUCCUAUCUGCUGUCCGCAUGACCACAUCUGCUACGAGGUGAACCAGUACUACUCGCAGUGUGUGACCCAUGAGAAGGCCGAGGAGAUGGCCAACCUGGAAAAUAUGACGACCACUACUACUACGACCACUAACGCGGACCCGCAGCACUGCCGACUGGGCUACCAGCAGUGUGGUGGCGUAGAUGAAGAGACGAAAUUGAAUUACACGGGCAGCACUUGCUGCUAUGCCGGCUUCUUCUGCAAGCAGACCGACCAAUUCUUCUCUCAGUGCGCUCCCGUCGAUCAAAACAGCUCCUUCUUGCCUUACAAGCCCACUGAGCAGCUUGAGGAGCCCAGCAAAGCGCCAGUGUUCACCUUCUAUGUCUACCGCGCAGCCACCGAGGAUGAUGACUAUGUCGAGAACAUCAAUGUCGGAGAUCUGGCUGGCACCCUGUGGUAUCUUCACAACGAGGUCGUGUGGGUAAGGCCCCGCAAGUUUGGCAUCUCGCGGAUUCUUCGCUAUAAGAUCUCCACUCGCGCUACACAGCCCUUGUACGAGCUGGGAAUGAAUUUCGGCGUCCGCUACUCGUAUGAUGCAGCCCAGUGCACUGGACCCUGGUCUUGCGACUUGAACUAUGAGAAGUUUGGGUACUUUGUUGGAUGCAACAACCUGGGCAUGUUCCCCUUUCCGCUGUACGACACGCACUAUCCCAAUGCCACGUGGUAUGCGCUGCCGGGGGAGUGCUCUUCCAAGGCCUAUGAGGACAAGGAUCCGAAGUGCAAGAUGCAGCAACCUGGCGGUCGCUGCGAGGGCGAGCCUACCGGCCAAGGAAACUGCACCUACAGCAUCGAGAUCAUGGGUUCCGUGUCGAUAGACGAGAUCGAGGGAAUCUCAAGCUACCACGACUUCAUCCACACAGGAAGCCAGGUCGAGUUCAACAAAACCUUGGACAAGGGCGUCGGCAUGACUUUCUGGGACCACAUGAAUGACACUGCCAAAAACGUAGAGCGCAUUGAGAAGGUCCGUAAGGUCUUCGGACAGAAGUAUCCCGACCAGCCCGCAGACGAGGACAUGCAACCUCCCACGUGCGACUUUAAUUUUGAGGUCUUCUAUGGGACCUCGACCACCACCACCACCACCACAACCACCACCACCACCACCAGCACCACCACAGCGGCCGCGACAGCCACCACCGAUGCCACCAGCACUACCAGCGCUGCUGCCAGCAGCAUCACCAGCACUACUGCCAGCAUGACCGCCGACACCAGCUCUGAAAGCACGGAGGCGACGGAGUCCACUGAGGCCGCCAGUUCCACCGAGGCCGUGACAGUUGCCCCAAGCACCAGUGCCACAACCACCGAAGAGACAACCGCAGCGAGCACUACUGAAACUGAAGCUGCUACUUCAGAGCCUGUUGCCAGUACCACAGAGACCAUGACAACAAGCAACACUACCGUCAGCACGUCUAUGACGACGACACCCAAGGGUUGCCAGGAUGCUGUUAUGGGAUCCCAUUGCUACUCCUCGGUGCUUUGGGCCAUGGAGCACGGUCUCAAGCUGCAUCCAACUUGGUAUCCGGGCCUUACAGCCUCGUCAACCUUUGCAGAAUUUCAGGAGCGAGUGCACCACGUCACGCCGGACGUGUGCCCAGUGCCCUGCACGGCGAAAGCAGGCUGCCAUGACCCUGUGGAGGGUGAGUCCUGCUUCUCCGCUGUGAAGUGGGCAAUGAAGUCAGGCAUCAAGAAGCAUCCGCACUGGUACCCCGGUCUCAGCAAGGAGUCGUCUUUCAAGGACUUCCAGGCCGCAGUUCACAAGAAGCUGCCGAAGAAGUGCAUGAUGCCUUGCUCUCCCUGA